AUGGCUGUGGGUCUCCAAACCAACGAGCAAUGGCAGGACCCGGGAGUACUGAGCGUUUCCGACCGAGAGGCCGUAUGGAAGGAGAAAGAGCUCCACGGGAGGUUCUACAAGGCUCUACACGAGCCUUUCGUAGAUACUGUUGCCUCCCUUAACUGGCUACGUUUCGGUGACCUCUUUGGGGAAACCGAAGGUUUUGUCUGUGCGAUACAGGAUCAGGAGCUCGCUCUGAAAUACGGCCUCGUGGAACGGAAACUGCCGUAUUAUAAGUACUCUCCGGAGGCCGUGCUCGAAAAUGACCGCGCCAGGCUCUAUUGGGACCGGUCCAUCAUUACGGACAGGACGAUUGUCGCGAACAAACCUGAUAUCUUGUUGAUGGACCGGGCACAGUCGCGGGUAUUUUUGGUCGACAUUACCAUUCCAUAUGACGAGAACCUUGUGAAAGCCGAAACAGAUAAGAAGACGAAGUAUCUGGACCUGGCUCACGAGGCUCAAAUGCAGAAGAAGGCGGUGCUCCUCGAUACCGCCCGCAUCGUCCGCCGGUUUCUCUCCCUUUCGCCC